GAUGUACGAAAACCCUCCGCCAUGAUGUUAAGAUGCAUCCUGUAGCUGCACAGCCGACACGAACGAAUGAACUAAAGCUAAAUUACAUUUGAGACACAAAUUUGACUUCAGGAGUUGGUAUGCAAUUGGAGGUUUCACAGUGGUCUAGUGAUGCCCAAGGAGAAAUAUGACCCGCCUGAUGUCAGGCGGAUGUACACUAUCAUGUCCAGUGAGGAUGCAAACAGUGGGAAAAAAUCCACCUGGGAUGGACUUGAAAUAACUGGUAACGUUCGGAGUCUCAGCUCAGCCCUUUGGUCGCUCACUCACCUCACCUCUCUGCACCUAAAUGGCAAUUGCCUAUCACGCAUCCCACCCGACAUUGCCAAGCUGCACAACCUUAUGCUCCUGGACUUGUCGUCUAAUAAGAUCAGGAGCCUGCCAGCAGAGCUUGGCAACAUGGUGUCUCUCAGGGAACUGCUUUUAAAUAACAACCAGCUGCGGGUCCUGCCUUACGAAUUGGGCAAACUGUUUCAUUUACAAACACUGGGCUUGAAAGGCAAUCCACUCAGUCAAGAAAUCAUGAGCCUCUAUCACGAGCCUGAUGGCACCCGCCGACUGCUGAACUACCUUUUGGACAAUCUCUCUGGUGCUAUCAAGCGCAUCUCAACAGAACAACCUCCGUCCAGAUCCUGGAUUGUGCUGCAGGAGCACGAUAGAACGAGACCAACAGCCCUAAUAACUGUAAUGUGCUACAACAUGCUCUGUGAUAAGUACGCCACGCGCCAGCUCUACGGCUACUGCCCGUCCUGGGCCCUUAACUGGAGCUACAGGAAAAAGGCAAUCAUGCAGGAGAUCCUCGGCUGCAAUGCAGACAUCAUCAGCUUACAGGAAGUGGAGACGGAGCAGUAUUACAACUACUUCCUGGUGGAGCUGAAUAAACAGGGAUACGAUGGAUUCUUCAGCCCCAAAUCGCGAGCCAGAACCAUGUCGGAAUCAGACAGAAAACAUGUCGAUGGGUGUGCAAUAUUCUUCAAGACGGAAAAGUUCAGCAUUGUGCAGAAACAUACAGUAGAGUUUAACCAGCUGGCCAUGGCCAACUCUGAGGGCUCGGAGGCGAUGCUCAAUCGAGUCAUGACCAAGGAUAACAUUGGGGUUGCUGUGUUGCUGGAGCUAAAGAAGGAGUUACUAGAGAUGUCAUCUGGUAAAUCCCUCCAGGAGAAACAGCUCCUACUAGUGGCAAAUGCUCACAUGCACUGGGACCCAGAAUAUUCUGAUGUGAAGCUGGUGCAGACCAUGAUGUUCAUGUCGGAGGUGAAGAAUAUAAUAGACAAGGCAUCUCACAACCUGAAGCUCUCCGGCGAAACCAGCUCCAUCCCUCUGGUGCUGUGUGCUGAUCUCAAUUCACUUCCUGACUCGGGUGUUUUGGAGUACCUGAGCACUGGUGGAGUGGACUGCACACAUAAAGACUUCAGAGAACUGCGCUACAGCGACAGCCUGACCAACUUCAACUGCAAUGGCAAGAACGGCACGUCCAGCGGACGCAUCACACACGGUUUCAAGCUGAAGAGUGCCUACGAGGACGGGCUCAUGCCUUACACCAAUUACACUUCUGACUUUAAGGGUAUUAUUGACUACAUCUUCUACUCCAGGCCACAGCUCGGCGUGCUGGGUGUCCUGGGGCCCUUGGACACAAACUGGCUCCUAGAGAACAAUAUCAAUGGUUGCCCACACCCUCAUAUUCCCUCCGAUCACUUCUCCCUGUUUGCACAACUGGAGUUGGCCCUGCCUUAUCUUCCCUCUCUCAAUGGAGUCCACUUACCUGGACGCAGGUAGUGGGUCCCUCCAGCCAGUCGUGGCGCCGCAGAAGUUUUUCUGAAAACAUACUGAAAACGAUAAAACCUCCAAGCGAUUUUUAUAUAUAUAUAUUUUGUUUCUCUCUUCUAUCUUUAUUCAUUUUUAGGGUCCAAACAUCUUUGUAUUUUUUCAGGGAGUUUUUUAAGAUAUGAUUUCAUUUUUUAAUCGUCCCGGUCAUGGAUUUUUGUUGAAUCACUCCCUCCCAUUGGCUUGAUUUUAUAUAUUUAUGUAAAGAUGAGGGUAACAUACUUGGUCACACACUCAAAUGGAUUACAUGUUUUUAAGUGUCAUUUAUGGCCAGUUACAAUUCAGAUUCUGGUUAAGCAUGAACUUUUCCCUGUCUUAUGACUUUAAUUAGCUCAGGCACAAUAAACUUUAUUUAAUGAAAUGACUUUUACGCACACAAUUUUAUCUUUAUCCAGUUAGCAAUAGGUGCAUUUUAAAUUCAAGAGCAUGUUUGCUCAGCUUUAAAAUGACAGCCUUUUGUUUUCAGUUGUACUUCACUUCAUAUACUGUACACUUGCAAAACUUUCAUUUGAAUGAGUGACCAAUGUGUUGUGCAGACCAAACUCGAUAGUGAAUCCCCAGCGGUGUAGGAUUGUGGAACACAGUCCUUGUGUGGUGCUGAAACUCGCUUUACAUUGGUGCUGCGUCUAAGUUUUAUUCUCCCAUCAAUGGUGCAAUAUUCAGAACGGACUAAAGCUAAGCUAAGGCACUGUUGUGGAAUGUUUUUUAACAAGCUUAGGUAUCGUAAAAAAAGCACUUAUACGUCUUUCUCUCUCUGCCUGUGUUAAGGUGGGAGUUUGUAAGAUGUAAGCUUAAUCGCUCAAGACGUAAACCAAAUUUUAGAACGACUUAAUUUUGCGGCGCUUCUUUUUGCACACUAUUGUUUUAACCCUUUGUACAGUACUCUCUUUGGUUCUUUGUUUGACAGGCCGUGUGAAUUAUUUAAUCUUCACUUGAUCUCAUUGUGGAAUCUCUCCGGUUUUGAUUAUAGAUGGGAGGGGGUUUUAUUUCUUUUAGAUGGGGAGAUUUUAUAGAAAAACUUUUCAGUCUUUUAAACCAGCGAUUUCUCACUGUAUUGGUAUCUCCUGUUCUUUCCUCACACACACACAUGCUUGAAAGAUCUGUAGCACUGUUCUCGAGGCUAGUAUUGUUCUGUCCUUGCUGUAAACCCCCCAUAUAUUGUAUCGGAGCAAAGGGGUCCUCGCAGGUCUUUGUACAAAUUUAAUCAAAUAUACAAACUGACAUAUUUAGGCUUGACUUGAUUGUAUAUGAGCCACAUGCAAGAACCUUUUUUAAAUGUUUUUUGUACUGAGAAUAAAUUAUGAUCCAAAUUCAAAAUACGAUUGUAUUAUAAGCUACGUUUUUAUCAAAGUUAAUCAAACUUACCAGCUUGUGGAAAAGACAAAGAGGUUGUUCCUGUUCUCGCUGCCAUGCCUUUGCGAUGCCUUUCUCAUUUUGCACUUCUUUUACUUUAGUAAUUCUUUUUGUAACUUUCUGAGCACAUUCUUUGGUAUAUUCAUACCUUAGAAUUGCAUUUUGUCCAGUCAUCCAUCUCGUGCUGUUUUGAAGUGUGACAUAAUCGUGACGUUUUAUAUUAUUCCAUCUAUGUGUCAGUAAAACUUUUGUCAUUUCAUUAUAUACAGAGCUUGAUAUCAUGCAUCUGUGUUUUUCGCGCCCUUCAAGUGAGAAAAUCUACAACCUCUUGUCAUUUAAAGAAUCUUAAUGUCAUUGUGGUGCACGUUUUGUGUAGCUUUCUUUCGGAUUGAGUUCUGGUGAUUCUUCAUUUUAUGCUGUUCAAGUUUCAAGAAAUCAGGUAAAGGACAACAUUUUUCGCUUUAAAGAGUUCAUAACUAGGGAUUUUUAAGGUCCUACUUUGGUUUAUGGAGUGUGCAACAAGUUUAUGUACAUAGAAGGUGUAAAAACACUAUUUCGUAAUAAUAGGCAGUUAUUCUUACCUUACUUCUUGACUGACUCUCAAAUGAUUCGUUCCGCGAUUCAUCUGUCUAAUCCCGCUAGCCUAGUCUGCUGUGAUUGGUCUACCGCUCACGAGCUACAGUGUUUGGGGGAGAAGAGUGAAGUUUUCACGGGCAGUCCUAGCAAAACGUAGGCGGUUUGCGAAUCGUACUAGGGACUAAUCGUUUGCGUGAUUCAGAGUCGAAAUUGGCUUUUUUCCAAGCCAAUAACUUUAUUCAUUCACCUUCGGAUUUACAAUUUGGCAGACUGCUUACUUUCAAACACGGCAACAUUACACACUGCAUGAAAUGUCAUUUUCAUGAUCUCAUGUUAUGUACUCUUUAAAAGUAUUUUGAUCUGCAUUUCAAACCAGAUUUUGUGAUUUUUAAAAUACCACACCAAACAUUUUAAGUUCCAAGCUAUGUUGUAUAAUCUAGUGUGCUUUAAUACUCCUCCAUGUCUGCCCAUAAUUUCCCCUACGUAGCCAUAAUCUUUUAUGUGUAGUGCCGGCGUGAUGCAUUCUGCUGUGAAGCCAAUUGUAAAAGACUUUCAUCCUUUGGUUCCUUUUAAUUAGUUGAUUAGUUGGAAAGGUGGAUUUUUAAUUUAUUUAAACACUCUUUCUAUAAUAUUAGUUAUAAGCCUUCGGACAAAAAUGUAACUUUUAUAACUGUAAAUGAUACCUGGUCAACUUGUGGUGAGGUGUUUUAGCGCUUGAUGUAUUUUGGUUGACCAUCACAAGCUUAACAUGUCAUAAAUCUGUUUAUUUUAACUAUGCAGCAUAACUGAAUUCGAGUCUUUGUUUUAGCAGCAAGGACCAGAACAGUUUGUUAUAUUGGGCCUCUUCAAAAUAUUCACUUUUUUGUCUUAUUAAAUGACCAUAAAUUGUUAAUAGUAUUAUAGUAGGAUUGAGAUUAGCUUUUUGUACAGUGUGAAUAAAAUGUGUAUUGCAUAUUUUCAUUUCUACAAAACAUGAAUUGUGGUCUGUAUGUGUAUAUAAUGAAUUCUCUUGCAUUAUUGAUUUUUUAUUUGUUUUUCAAAAUGAACAUGUUUCCUAACACAAAUGUUUCUCGGAUUGCAGCCGGUUCCAUCACCACAGACUCACAGUGAAAUCUUGUUUUAUUAGUAAACACGUGCUGUGGUGUAAAGACAGGAUAGGUUUGGGAUUGAAGUCAUUUAAAUGUUGAAGUAUUUAACUUGAUAUCAGUGCAUUUCAAUCAGUAAUACGUGGCGACACAAGAAAAAUUGAAACUAAAUUCAGAGACCCUUGUCGUUCCCUGAUUGUUAUUUACAGCAGUUCAUUCGGUUUUGUUUUUGCCCCCCGUUCUCUUAGACAGAGGUUGUAAUGGUAAAAUGCAUACUUUAACUUUUGAUUUUAAAUUACUUGUAUCCCAGAGUAAUGUGCGACGUUAAGUUAUUUGUAGGUUAAUUCAUCCACUCUUGCUUUCUAAACUUUUCUGUGAGUCUGUUUGAUUUAUUUAGGGCGGCACUAUCUGCAUGUGCAACUAAUAGCAGAUAGGUGAGGCGUGUCUACAAUCCGUUUGGUGACCCUAGUGGCACAGAAAUUGCGCACUUCAUCUUUAGAUACAAACAUUUCAGUAGUUCACAAACAUCUAUGUGUAAAUUAUUAAUAAUCUGUGCAGUUAAUGGAUAAUGUUUUUCAACCAUCCCCAUUUUUCUUUACAUCUUUUUUUCUCGCUUUACCCUUUAUAAUGAAACUUAACUUUUUCUCCAGCCUUCAUUUUUGAUAUGAGAAACCCUGCUGCAAUAAAACUGGAUUAGCUAAAACCUUUUUUUUACCUCAGAAUCCUUAAGUUUUUCAUAGGCCAACAACCUUGUGUAGUAGUUUCUCUGUACGAACACAUACAGUGUAAAUAUUGCCACAAGCCAUUAUGUAAUACAUGGGAUCAACUCUUGUUUACCAUUCAACAUAAUGCCAGCAGUGAUAAACAACAAGCAUUAAAAAACCUUUUACAGUAGUCAGUGAAUGUUCAAUCUGUAAUAAAAUCCAAAAUGGGCAGCUCUUUUUAAAGAAGUCGCCUCUGGAAAACAAAUGGUAAACAACUAUUUUCUGCCUGUUCUCUGUAUUCUUAGUUCUAGAGAUCUGUACAUAGUUUCCUGUAUGUAUUUUCCUAUCUAUGGUUGAUAAUAAAUUCUUUCUGCUUCUGA